AUGCAUAUUAUUAGCUGUGACCAGCUCCCCAGGUGUGCUGAGGAGAGUUCGGCCCGUCGCACCACCCAGCGCCCAAUUGAGUCUGCCGUUGACACAUCGAAGUGGGUCGUCAACCUCUCCGCGAGGACCCUCACCACCGUCGAGACAUCUCUUCUAGGGAAAGGCCUCAACUUCGCCGUCACCCCCGACCAUGUACCGGCAAUGGAGAUCGUGUCCAGUGUGGAAACAACGUUGAAGAGGCUUGACUCGGAAACAGCUGAUCUGGUCCGCAGAGAAGUCAACGCCACGUUACGGAGGGCACGCCCGCCCAGGAGCAACAUCAACCGGGAGCAACGCAUCGCCCUGAAGGUUCUACGGCAAGAUCGUUCCAUCGUGAUCCUCCCCGCCGACAAGGGCCGUGCCAGCGUGAUCCUCGACGCCCACAUGUACCGGGACAAGAUGGGUGAGCUCAUCUCCACGGGCCCUUACUGGAAAUUGGCUAAGGACCCCACUGACCGGCUUUGCAGGCAGAUCACAGCCCAGCUUCUCCCCCUUAACAAGUCCGGAAAUCUUGACGAUGCCACCUACCGGAAGUUACGUCCCACCAGCAAACAGCCUCCCCGGAUGUACGGUCUACCCAAGAUCCACAAGCCGGGGACACCUUUGAGACCCAUUGUUUCGUGCGUGAGUUCCUUUGCCUACAACCUCUCCAAGCAUCUAGCGGGGAUCCUGUCACCGCUGACCGGUAACACACCGAAUACCUACCCAACUCCACAGCUUUCGCUGACAGAUGGCGCUUGCUGUGUGGCUCUUCAUCACCUGGAGGAAGACCCUGAGUUGCCUGACCGGACAUCGCUCUCCCCUGCUGAGGUCGUUUCCCUGGUAGAGUUUGUCCUGCGUUCUACGUAUUUCCUGUACGAUAGAGCAUACUACGAGCAGACAGACGGAGCAGCCAUGGGUAGUCCGGUGUCAGCAGUUAUUGCCAAUCUGUACAUGAAAUCGUUCAAGGAGGAGGCCCUGCAGAGUUGCCCACCCGACUGCCGUCCUACCCUGUGGAAGCGGUACGUCGAUUACACCUUUGUCAUUGCACCACGGGAUCAAGCCAGCCGUCUACUCAACCACCUGAACAGCCUCAAGCCCAGAAUCAAGUUCACCAUCGAGAAUGAGCAAGACAACAGCAUCGCAUUCCUGGACACCAUGAUCCACAGGGAAGCCGACGGCAGCCUUACCAGCACAGUGUAUUGCAAGCCUACCCACGCACGCCCCCUCACGCCCAUGGAGUAG